ACAACUACUUCAACAGAUGUACCGGCAUACAUCCGAGGUUGUUUUUGAAAAAAUGGCCGAGGAGUUCCGAAUGCCAUGUGUUCUGUCUCAUUCGAAUUUCACGUUACGUAAUAUUUACACGGCGGCCAUCUUGGAGGCACAUGCGCAGUGCCGUACACUAUUCCGCUACAGCUGAGUAACCAAGCAGAACUGUCAAAACCAACAAGUCAUUAUUAUCUUGUUCCCGGGGGCUUUAAAUGUCAAAAUAUGGUAAUUAAGUGUUCAGUAAUUGGUUGUUCGAACAGAAAGGAUCGCGAGAAAGACUUACAAUACUACAGAAUACCUGCAGUGAUCAAAAAUCAAGGUGAUGAAUGUGAGAGGCUAUCUACAAAUCGGAGACGACAGUGGUUAGCACAACUUGGGCAGAGCUUUGAAAACAAAAACAUAGAUAAUGUCCGAAUAUGUUCAGCUCAUUUUGUUAAAGGAAAGAGGGCAGACCUGUACGAUCAGCUCAAUCCGGACUGGGUUCCUACCAUUAACCUCAGGGGAUGUGCUACACCGAAACCACCAGUCCAUAAUGACAGCACAACUCCGUCUACCAGUCGUUACAAUCGCCAGAAAGACAGAAUACAGCGAAGAUUAGAUAUGUCCCAGUUUGCCACAGCUGAGCUGACAGACACAGGCCCAAUGGAUGAAGAUUCUGAGACUCCAUGUUCUUCAACCCAAACAGACAUGAACGGGCAGUACAUAGAGGAAAUGAAACAUGAUAUUGAAGCACUCCAAUCUCAAAAUCAGCACUUGAAGUCUCAGCUAUCAGACAAGUUCUCAGAGAAAGACUUUGAAGGGAAUGAUGAAAAGGUGAACCACUUGACCGGUUUGUCAUCUCAUGAAACUCUGAUGUUGGUGUUUGAGUACCUCCUUCCCUAUUUGCCAUCUUCACUUGUUAUAACACAGUUCAAGAUGUUGAUCAUGACUCUUAUGAGACUAAGACUCAACUUGUCAGUGAUGUUCCUGGCAUAUGAAUUUGGUGUUUCUCAGGCGACAGUGUCACGAGUGUUUACCAAUGUAAUGGACUGCAUGUUUGCUAGACUACACCCAAUGGUACAUUGGCCUCAGCGAGAAGUGUUACAAAAGACAAUGCCAAUGCAGUUUCGAAAAAACUUUGGGAAGAAAGUUGUUUCCAUUAUAGACUGUUUUGAAGUGUUUAUUGAAAAACCUUCUAAUUUACAGGCUUCGGCAGAAACCUACAGCUCCUAAAAACACCACCAUACAGUUAAAUUUCUUAUAGGAAUAACGCCUCAAGGAACUGUGUCUUAUAUUUCAAAAGGUUGGGGUGGUAGAACCAGCGACAAGUAUAUGACUGAACACUGUGGGUAUUUGAAUAAGCUGUCUCCAGGUGAUUUGAUCUUAGCUGACCGAGGUUUUGAUAUAAGUACAAGUGUUGGCUCACUUGCAGCGUCGGUUAACAUACCAGCUUUCACAAAAGGUAGAGAUCAGCUGUCAGCGGCCGACAUUGAAUCAACAAGAAAACUUGCCAAUGUCCGAAUUCAUGUAGAACGGGUAAUUGGGACUGUCCGUCAAAAGUACUCAUUUUUAAAUGGAACUGUGCCUAUAAGAUUUCGAAUGUUUAAGGACGAAAAUGAUUUCACUGUACUUGACAAAAUUGCCCAUGUGUGUUGUGCAUUAGUUAACCUAAAUGCAUCAGUUGUUGGAUUUGAUUGAAAGUUAACUACAUGUUGUUGUUUGUUUGCACAUCAUGUUAGUAUUGUUAUUGCAGGCGCCACUGCUACAUGUGCCACUGCUACAUGUGCAUAAUAAAUAUAAAUAUGAAAUGUA